AUGGCAAAUCAACCGUUGGCCAGUGGACUUAGUGCUCAGGUCAAGAAGAAGAUUGAAGGUAAACGGGAUCGAGACCAGGAAGCGCAAGCUCUGGAAUGGAUCGAAACUAUUUUGGGCACCAAAUUGGAUCGCUCCAAGCCGUAUGAGGAAAUUUUGAGAGAUGGCGUUGUUUUGUGCAAACUGAUCAACAAAAUCAAACCUGGCAGUGUGAAGAAAAUCAAUGAGAAUUCAACCAUGCCAUUCAAAAUCAUGGAAAACAUCAACGCUUUCCAGGAGGCUAUCAAAGCGUACGGUGUGCCCACCGCUGAUGUGUUCCAAACGGUCGACCUGUUUGAAAAGAAAGACAUUUCCCAAGUGACACAAUGUAUCUUUGCCUUGGGAAGAACGUGCCAAACCCAUUCGGAUUUCACCGGCCCAACCCUAGGACCGAAAUUGGCUCAAGAGAACAAGCGUGAAUUCACUGAGGAACAGCUUCGUGAGAGUUCCAACGUGGUCAGCCUGCAGUACGGGACAAACAAAGGUGCCUCACAGGCCGGUAUGACCAUGGGCAAACAACGAAUGAUCAUUGAUUAA